GGCGACAUGGCCGAGCAGGAGGAAGUGGUGGAGCCGCUGCACCUCGAGCUGGAGGACCGCGAGGUGUACCUGGCCAAGAUCCCAACGGCUCUCGGCGCGUCGUGGAAGAAUGUGCAAGAGAGCGAGCUGAUGCUGGGCUCCAUCAAGCUGGAGAAGAAGAGCGUGCUGGGUCGCCGCAAGGGUAUGCUGACGGUGAACCCGAGCACGCUGGAGGACGACAUCCCGACGGAGUACCGCAUCGAGAUCAGCGAGACCCCGCUGAAGCUCAAGGUCUUCUCGCUGGAUGGCUCGGGGCGCAUGGCGAUUGAGGGCACGGUGAAGAACAGCUGCACGGUCAUGGCCCAGCGCAACGACCAGUACAGCAAGAUGUGCAAGCAGCGCCUGAUCAAGUCGAUGGUCAAGACGAGAAUUGUGCAGCCGUUGGAAGAUCUUCCUCGCGUGAAGAAGGCGAGGAUCCAGUUUACUAUUGAGAAGCCUGACGCUGAGAACGAGGAGGACGAUGCUGACUCGAAGCUUCUGGACAAGUCAGACAAGAAGAUCAAGAUGAGCAAGGACGAGCUCAAGAACCUUGUGUUCCACCACUUCGAAGAGCGCGAGUACUGGCCGCUCAAGGAGCUCAAUUACCACUGCCGUCAGCCCGAGUCGUUCCUGAAGGAGGUGCUCAAGGAGAUUUGCGUGUACCACCGCAAGGGACCCAACAAGAGCUGCUACGAGCUUAAGCCCCAGUACAAGGAUGGCGUCUCGUCGAACGCGUAAUAGGGCAAGCGGGAUGACUAGAGUAUGGCCGCGACACCAUAGCGCGCCCCAUGUGCUCUAAAAUAACCAUGCAUUCAGUACUCU